UUUCACAGGCAGGGAUAUUGCCAAAUGAUAAUUGCUGAUUUAAUGCUGUGAUCUUAAAGUUGUUUUGAGUCUCAGUGAAGACGAACAAUUUGUACUAUAUAACAUUGAAGUAUUCAGUAAAAUCUUUUUUGAGCUCAUCUUGACCCCACUUUAAAUAUUUAUCUUUACAUUGCUUAUGCAUUUGGCAAAUGCUUUUAUCUGAAACAACAAUGAUGAUUUAUACAGUCUAUAUUUUUUUGUAUCAGUAUGUGUUGUUCCGGUGAAUCGAACCUGUAACUUUUACCAUAUACCAUAGUACCAAAUAGUAUUAACUAAAACCAAUGUGCAUGAGAUCGAGGUCAUUUGAGGUGUUUAUUAACCAAACACUAUAUUAAUUUUAUAUUAUGGUGCUUACGUGGUUGUAAGUUUCCACAAAAUUUAUAAUUCAUAUUAUGUUUUUUUAUAUAGAUAAGGGGUGGGGAAUCCUGGUUCUUUAGUUCCAACCUCGAUCAAACAAAGCUGUUUUUAAUUUCCAAGUAAUAAUGAAGACUUUGAUUAGGUUUUUCAGGUGGCCUUCCAGGACCAUGAUUCAUAGAUGAUACCUGUUGUAAGUUUGCUUAUAGGCUUGUAGAAGAAAACUAUGCUGUCUACAUAGAAACCUGUCUAAAAAGUUGAACUAAAGAACUUACUUUUGAUACAAUUAAACUUGCAUCACUUUUGAUAGUUGUAUAAACAUUUUAAUGUUUCGUUUGUAACUAAAGAAAUCUUGAAAUCAGUUAUUCGUAUGGACUAGGAACGUUUAGUUCCGUUUAAAGUUUCUGCUCGGCCAAUAUUUAUGAGAACACGCUGCGGUCACAUUGGAUUUAACGACUGAAGUCAGUGAGAAUUUUAAACUAAACGUGACUCAAAAGCUUGCAGUUAUGUUACGACUUGCUUUUGGGCUGUUAGCAGAAUCAUCGUUUAGAUGCAAGUUAAUCCAGGUGGUGUCAUCGGAUGUAAAACCAGUACGAUCUAUGUGCAGCUGGACGGUGUGCGCGCAUCACCGUCAGAGAAAUCAGCUGUCAAACGGUUUCCCCUGCAGAUUGCACCAUGUCCGUAAAGCGUCUCAUUCAACACUGGACCCCGCCGAGGUGCGCAAGUUUCAGGCUAUGGCGAGCAAGUGGUGGGAUUUGCAGGGCGAGUUUGCUGCUCUGCACUCAAUGAAUGACCUCAGAGUGCCUUUCGUACGGGAUAAUUUAUUGAGUAUCCAUGGCAUGCAGCAGGAGGGCAAACCACUGACUGGUCUCAGAAUACUUGAUGUUGGUUGCGGUGGAGGAUUGCUGAGCGAGCCACUAGGUAGGCUCGGGGCAGAUGUGGUGGGGAUUGAUCCUGUAGAGGACAGCGUUCGGAUCGCUGAGCUGCACUUUUCCUAUGAUCCUGAACUGGGCAAGAAGGUUCGCUAUCAGGCCUGUACCCUGGAAGAGCUGGCUGAAGAGGAAGCAGAGGGAUUUCAUGCUGUUGUUGCGUCUGAGGUGGUGGAACAUCUGGCUGACCUGGAUGUGUUUGCCAGCUGUUGCCAGCAAGUGCUGAAGCCUGGUGGGUCUCUGUUCAUUACCACUUUAAACAAAACCAGAUUGUCCUACGUUUUUGGGAUUGUGGUAGCUGAGCAGCUGUUAAAGAUUGUACCGAGUGGAACUCAUGACUGGGAGAAGUUCAUCAGCCCAGAAGACCUGGAACGACUGCUGGAGUCUGUUGGUUUCUGUGUAGAGGCUGUCAAGGGCAUGAUGUACAAUCCUCUCACAGGAGCAUGGAGCUGGCAGCAGAGCACGCCCAUCAAUUACGCAUUGCACGCCAUCAAACGUAAAGAGGAGCCUCAGCCUGACCGGGUCUGGCCUGAGAAUGAGAACUUGGAGGAGCCGAGUAGAGCCACAAGUUACAGCUGAGCUCACUUGAAUGUGAGAUUUGCAAACAGAUUUCAAGGAACGUCAGAACAGGAAGUAAAUUCUUGCAAAGACUGACUCAUGAUUUGAUGAACAAGUAAUGUAAUUCUAUGCAUUGCAUUGUUUUAUGCAAAAAACAAUGUUUAUGAAGCUUCGUAGCUCUAAGUUGAGUCUUGGUUGAUGCACUUUUGAUCCCCACCACAAGUCUAUGAGUGUUUGAUGAACACAAAUUUGUAAAAAAAAAAGAUAAUUACCGAAUUAUUUGAUCACACUUAGUGAUCCAUUAUUGAUGCUUAAUAAAAUGGAAGCUACAAAUGAAUAUUUUUUUAAUAAGCUUAAACUUUUCUGUAGUUUGAGUAGUACAUUCAAUUCAACAGUAAGCUUUUAGGUAAUAUAUUUUCCAAAAAGCCCUUUCCAAAAAAUGCACUUUUAUAGUAAUUAGUAAUGUUAUAGGGCUGCAUAACGACUAAUUACAACUAAUCAUAAAAACUAAUCUAGUUUUUGUUUACAUCAAGUGUGUGUGUUGUGUAUAAUAAGUGUGUAUAUAAAUGCACACAUGCAUGUAUAUAUUUAAGAAGUAUUUACAUGUGUAUAUACACAUUUUUAUAUAUAAUUUAUAAAAAUAAUAUACACACAUUUUUUUAUUUAAAUUAUAUGUGUGUGUGUGUAUGUGUAUGUGUGUGUGUGUGUGUGUGUGUGUGUAUGUGUGUGUGUGUGUAUUUAUAUAUACAUAAUUAUUAUACAGAAUACACACAAAAUGUAAACAAAAACUUUUAUUUUGCAAACGAUUCAAAUAAAAGAUUCAAAUUAAUGUUAGAUACACUUGUAUUGUGAAAUUGUGUUUUAAGUUUACCUAAUAAUCGCUCUAGUAUUUCUUUUAAUUAACUUGUUUUUAAAAGAAGACAUAAUCUUAUCUAGUCAAUUAAGUAGUGGUCACACUACAUGGCUUUCUUUCCUGAUAAACACCAUAAGUGGGUUUAAAAAAGUUACCUCUUGAGUAUUUUACAAUAUAAUAAUGUAGGGAAAUGUAUUUUAUUAUGUUUAAAAGAAUGCCAAUGUAUAAAUAUAAUGUUUAUUUUAUGGCACAUUAUAAUCUGUAAUUGUAAUACAUCUGAAUAUGCAUUAUGUAUACCUACAUUGUGUAUAAUUAAUUUUGUAAGCAAGAAAAUAAGUUCCAAU